UGGUUUCUUACUUGCUGAUAUUGACAGGCACUUCGAGCAGAGCGCUGAAGUUAGCUGAGUUUGAGGUAGUGGCUUUAAAAUUGAGUAAAAAAGAGAAAGUGAAUGCUGUGUUAAUUCAUUCACAUUCAAUCUUUUUUUAAGUUGCUAUUUGUGAUAUUUUAUGUCAUGAAGAAAUUUCUGUAAAACACAACGGUUAAUUGUAGUCCUGACAGAAGAAGCAGAAAGGAUGCACCGCUACUAAAAGAGACGGAACUAAGCAAAAUCAUGCCGAUGAUUUCCAGUGAGGAAGCCUCCGGUGUCAUUUUAAAGCCUUCGGGGAUUUAAUUAGUCAACUUUUGCUUUAUGAUGAACAAAAGAUGGUUUCGUCGGAGGCUGCUUGUCUUGCUUUUCACUUGUUUCAUCAUUGUUUUUGCGGACUUUCAAUUACGGACGAGCAGCUUUGUCAAAGUCAGCCUGCUGCAGCAUCCGUCCUCCGGCGCGCGCCCCAGCUCCGCGCGGGAGGACGCGCGAAGUGCGGCGCUUAACAGCAGCGGGGGCAUAUCCCAGCACCAGGAUCAGAGUGCGGGAAACCCGCACAUCGAAGGCACUCUAGAGAAGCUGCAGCUGCGGGACAUCUUCAUUGCAGUGAAAACCACCGGCAGGUUCCAUAAGACGCGUCUUGCGCUUCUUUUGGAGACUUGGAUCUCCAGAACCAAGGCGCAUACGUUUAUUUUCACGGACACGGAGGAUGAUGAUUUGAGAUCUAAAGGUUAUAACAUGGUGGUAACUGGCUGCCACUCAGAUCACAGUCAGCAAGCGCUGUCAUGCAAGAUGUCUGCAGAAUACGACGGUUUUAUGGCCUCAGACAAAAGGUGGUUUUGUCAUGUGGAUGACGACAACUAUGUGAACCCUGUGGCCCUCCUCUCUCUGCUCUCUGCCUUUCCUCAGGAGGGGGACAUCUACGUGGGGAAGCCGAGCCUAGACAAGCCCAUCACAGCUCAAGAGCUGCUGGAGAGAAACCAAACGAGAGAAGUUCAGUUCUGGUUUGCGACAGGAGGAGCAGGUUUCUGUCUCAGCCGGAGGCUUGCAGAGAAGAUGAUUCCAUGGGCCAGUGGCUCCAGGUUUGAGCAGACAUCAUCCAAGAUCCGGCUCCCUGAUGACUGCACCGUAGGCUUCAUCAUAGAGAAGAGACUGGGCAUCUCCAUGGUUCACUGUCCUUUGUUCCAUUCCCACCUGGAAAACCUGCUUCUCGUACGCCAAAGAAGCAUACCACAGCAGGUGACUCUAAGCUAUGGGAUCUUUGAGAACAAGAUGAACAGCAUAGAGAUAAAAGGAAGAUUUUCUAAAGAGGAGGACCCUUCUAGGUUUAAAACAGUUCACUGCAUGCUGUAUCCUCUCACCAGCUGGUGCCCAUGAAAAACUAACUGAGAAGUCUGAUAUCCAAGCACUUGAGAAGAACCUGGAUCUGGCUAAAUGAAGUACUUCUACCGGAUGAAGGAUUGAUUUACAGUAUUUACAUGAAAAGCUUGAGAAACAACAGAAAAUGUGGAAGAAGCACAACAUGAUUUUUAUGAAUAAAGAUCAAUCACUUAAUUUCUUUGCUAUAAACUAAAGUGAACUGUUUUGCAAGAAAUAAAAUAGUGCCCCUUUUUGUGGUCACUGUUUUUUGA